UAUUCUAUUGUAUACAUUGGCUAUGGUUUGGUAUAUUUACCAUUAAUUUUAUCAUUGGAUAGAAGAGAAUAAAGCCAAGAAACAAGUGAAGUUGAUAUAAAUAUUAAUUUAUUCUUAGUUAAAAUAAUAAUAAAAUAAUUUAAAAAUGAGUAAGGCUCAUCCUCCGGAGCUUAAGAAAUAUAUGGAUAAAAAAUUAUCAUUAAAAUUAAAUGGAGGAAGACACGUUAUUGGAAUUUUACGUGGAUUUGAUCCAUUUAUGAACAUGGUUAUAGAUGAAAGUAUUGAAGAAUGUAAGGAUGGUACUAAAAAUAAUAUUGGAAUGGUGGUAAUACGUGGAAAUAGUGUAAUAAUGUUAGAGGCUUUAGACAGGAUAUGAAUCAAAAUAAAAAAAAUCAAACAUAACAAAAA